AGUCACAGAGCAGAAGCACAUCGAUGCUGAGAUACGAAUUUCAAGAUAAAAGAUUACAAAUUCUCAUAAUAAAUUUUUACACAAAAUGAAAUUACAGGCACUAAUUUUUUUGUUUGUUACCAUUCUGCUGCUCACAAGCAACACUGAAGCUAAGAAGAAAAAGAAAAACAAAUCUGAUUCAUCCACAAAAACAAAAACCAAGACAAAAUGGUCAAGUUCAACAGACAUGGGUGCGAGUGGCUUGAACUCAAUGGUUGCGACUGAGGAACAUGGCUACUAUGUCAAAAGGACGUACCUUCCAAGUGAUGGAAAACAUGCGAACUCAUUAGCGCUACAAAGUCCACCAUAUCUCGGAAUACCAAUUGCAUGGUUUAGUUGCGAAGGUGAUGAUUGCAUUAAAGGUAACACGGGCAUAAUAAAUGGAAUGACCAAUGCCUUCAGUGAAGGUUUCCUAUGUGACGAUGAUUGUGUUGAACCUUACGAACCUAUAUGUGGCAAAACUCAAAACGAAGUCGCUGUGUUCUACAACAAAUGUAAGCUGAACGUGGCCAAGUGCCGCACGCAUGGUCUUUGGUCAGACAUUAGCUAUGAUGAGUGCAAAAAAUCAUACUCAAAGGAAAUGGAAUACGCUGAGAAGAAGUUUAAAUCGUCGCCAUAUUUUAAAGGACAAAAACCUAUGAAGGAAGUGAGUGAAAUUGCAGAUAAAAGUGAACAACCCAACAAAGUUUUGGUUUCCACCACAGAAACUCUGGAAAAAGUUACCGAAAAAUUAUCGGAAAUAAAAGAAAAUGUAAAUCACAAUAACGAAACCAAUGAAGUGGAAGUCUCUACAGUGCCAAAUUCACUGGAAAAAAAGAAAACAUCAAAUUGA